UGUAUAUUGAGCUUUGAAGUUAUUGUAGGAUCCAUUGGCGGGCAAUGCCUAGAUGAAGAUUAAGACUCUCUAGGACAAAGACUUUGACUUGACUCCACAAAUUACAAAAAUGGAUAUGAAGUCACAACCAUCCUCGAUUCCGCUCCAUUGCUUCCGGCAAGGAUGCUGGAGUGGCGGCUUUCGAACGACAAGAGGGAGAUUUUUGCCCUUGCAAAUUUGGCAUGGGGAAGCCGUUGAGUCGUGUCAAGGCUAUGCUAUUUUUCGCAGGCUGUCAGCAGAUCGCGGUUCAAGCAACAUCGUUUUAGAGCGUGAGGACAAAGAUGAUGUCAAGACCACAACUGAAGCGACGUCUUCACUGUCUAGUACUAUGCGUUGCUCCUCUCCUUCAGUGGUGUCUGGCAUCAUGUCAGGGGGUUCUAGUUCGACAUUGGGAGCAUCAAGAGUAUUUCUAGGAGAAAAGCAGAAAAAUCCGCAUCUGCUGAUUGCCCCACAAAGCGCAGCGCCAGGUGCGAGCUUGCGAAAGUGGAUGCGGGCAAAGCGUGACUGGAGCGAGGGCGUCUAUCAGCACUACGGAUUAGGCGAGGCUGCCACUGUGGAUAUCGUACGUCCUGCAGGGUAUUGUCCGCCUGAAGAGACUGGCUCUCGUGCCAACAGGAUCGCGUCGCCAAACUAUGACCAUGGUGAAGCUGUCGCAACGAGUCUGCGAGAACAAAAAGCGCGUGACGUCACGUCCUUCACUGAAGCGACGUGGAUGGCAGAUGGAACAAGUUCUAGCAUUGAUCUUGAUGCAUCAUCUUCUCUUGGUCGACGACGUUUCAACACGAGAAAGGGAAAUAUUUUCGGAAGCGAAAGCCCUGAGCCUGUGCUAUCUCUGCUUAAACAGAAGCGGCCAGCGCGUUUCCUGCAUCUGAAAAAUACCGGGGAUGCGAGCAAAGCUAAGACUGCACAGAGCAAGUCUUCUGCCAAGAAGAGGCCUAGCACAGCUUCCUCUUCUUCUUUCAACAGAAGCAAACCGGCGGUGCAAGAUCAACAGAGAGCAAGCAGAUCUGUCGUAAUAUCGGGUGGGCGGAAGACAGAACCAGGAGUGACGCCGUCGCAGAUUUUUCGCCAUAGCCCUGAAGAGCUUUUUGCGGAUGCGGCUGGCUUCGGAGGAUCGGCCCGAGACGUGGCGCGUCAAAAGACGAGAGAAGUGGCUCCAAAAGCCAAUCGACAAAAUGCAAUCUCAUACGAAGAGCAGAGACACGCGUAUAAUACGGGUGCAGCAUUUCUACCGCGAGCGCGCGAGAUAGACAAAGAUGUCGUAUACUAUAAGCUCCAUGUUCAGUUGUGGCUCUCAAGGUUAGCAAGCAGAAGUACGAUUUUGCUUAGUGAAGUAGUAGGCUUUCCGUAAUUACGUUUACGAUUUGUGCUUGUAUUAAAAUUAAAGGUUUUCAUCGUGAUGUAUUGCCUUAUUGUGAUGGUAUCACGCGGGAAGGGAAUUUCUUAGUUACUCUCUCGGCCUCCAGGCAUUUCAACGCCACCUCCACGUCCCACAACCCUCUCAGGACGGACGUGAGAAAGUACUGCCGGACCGCGUCUAUUCGGAAUUCCAUGGUGGGCAAUCGCGCUUCUCUAGUGAUCGCAUCGCAGCACCAGUGACACAAGCGAACAUGCCACCUUUCGCAAGUCGGUAUUCGGAGGAUGCGCCACGUCCACGCCUGGAGACGGUGCGACCAAAAGUCGCGAGCGCAGCUAGGGUCUUCGGAGAACUGGCGGCGUCGUCUUCAUCGGAUGAAGACAAUUAUAGUAGCAGGACACCUGGUACUGGACCUGGAGUAAGUCGAAUAGGUGGCGAAAAGAGUAACACAAGAAAAAAAAAUUCAAAAACUGGGCGUACAAUUGGAAAUCAGUCAAAAGCUCGAUAUGAGACGAUACUAUCUGAUGGCACGUAUUUCUUUCUUGAACAGUGGAUACCAACAGCGGAGGAAAAUGCGCUAAUCGGCAGAACAAGGGCAAAGACUGCCUCGACAUGACUUUCCACGUAAAGGCAGAAGUAGACGAUCGGUAGGGAUAUCUUUGUCUUGGUCUUAGUGACUAGUUAUUUGCGCUUAUGAACAUGCAUCGAUUUCAUCUUGACAAGGAGGUUCGCAACGACGUAAGAAAGUGGUGGACUCGUAGAAGACAUUUCGUGCUGGACAGGAUUGUAAAGCAAAGGACACGUAGAUGGUCCACUUCCUGUGCUUGAGGAAAAUGAUUACAGUAAUGACAGGAAAUGAUAUGCCAAUUGUGCUGAUGAAUAGACGAGCAGCAUCAACAAAUUUUCAAAUUUUACAUAAAAAGACACCAGAAAGAAACGUUAACGAAAGCGAUUGACACAAAGAGUGACGCUUAAUGCGAACUCACUUCCGGAACAAGAUGGAACUGUCUCGAAGAGACCAGACGAGGUGGCGCUCCUGGUAGAGAAUAUCCUUCAACUAAGG